GGGGCUUCUGCUUUGCUGAGCCUGGGGGUUUCUUCCGUCCACUCUCUGUCCCCACGGGUCCUGCGCGGGACUCCGGGGCCCGGCCGCCAUGGUCCUAAACCGGAUUGACUCGUGAGCUAGGGUGAUGUCAACACUGGGCUGUGAGGGCCUUGUUGAGUAGAAUGAAAAUCUGUGCAGGUCUCUUGGCCAGCGGCAUGCAGUGAUGAUGGCAAACCUUAUUUUGAUGCUUUCUGAGGCGUUCUUUGGGCAGCCAUCACGCCCACUUGUUUAUUAUUUACGGCUUACGAUGUCUUUAAAAGUACAGAUUGUAAACGGUUUAAAGAAAAUAACAGCAUUCGGGUUUUCAAUCUCAUUUUAGGCUAGUUCUACUCUAAUCUUAUCUGGAUUGGCCUAGUCCUUGCCCAUCAAACAAUUUCCACAAAACUAAAUGCAAACCUCUCCCGACAGAGCUUUGCCUACAAAUUUAGAAACUUGAAUAAAACAAUGUAAUUACGCUGUACUUAAAAUACCUCUUUACGAUAGUGAGGGUGGUGUAUGUACAGCAAGAGCUUCGCGUGUUUGUACUUUGUUUCAGUAACUGAGGAAAUAGAUGUUUACCGAUUUUGUACUGGUACCCAAGACUAAAAGCAGAAAGCUGUCACUAACAGAACUGGGCAAGAACACUUACUGCUCUAUAGCUGUAAUCAUUAUGUGAGAGUUAAGAUAUGAAGUGUAUGUCUGUAGCACUUAGGAGCCCGUAUAGCCCCUUACAAGAUGAGGCAGGACAUUGGCCAACUCAAGGUCAUUUUGGUCUGCAUGCAGAGUUCCAGGCCAGAGUGGGCCUCAGAGCAAGAACCCGUGUGAAACAAAAACAUACGGAGGAAAACAGAAAAAGAAAUCCCACGACAAAAAUGUAUUUGUUUUAGUUUCUCAAUGAAUGCAGGGCCAGAGCACAUUCUUUAGACAGACAAAACAUUAAAACUGCCAUUUGUAUAACACAAAACUGCAUUUUCUCAGCAUAGAUGGAGAAAAAUAUUAUUUAUCUCUACUUUUGCUUCAAUCAUGUUACGGUUACAAACGAUGACUGAAUGCUUGUCCUGGGGUCACGAAGUUAUGUAUCUUAACCCCGUAUGUAGUAUGUCGUUAGCAGUGACAGCUCAUUUAAAGCACAGCAAAAACUACAUUCUAUUUACUUAUGUUAAUUUUGACCUGGAAACUCUGGACGUCAAGGAUGACCUAGACCUGAUUCUCCAGACUCCUCCUCAGGCCAGAGCCACCGCUCCAGGUUUGAGAUUGCCUUCAAGCCCGCUCGAGGGAUGGGAAGGGUAACAAAACGAAAACAAACAAAACACAGCAAAACUUGCAAAGAUGCUAAAUCCAGACACCCGCCCCCAGCCCGUCACACACUUCGCGCAAUACGCAUGCGCUUCUUCUGAUUUCCGGAAUGGCAACCAAUCAUCUUCCCGCCGCAAAAUCGGCGGCGGGUUCUUUAACCCGCCAGUCCCGCCCCCGGGACCCACUGUGUCGCUGGCGGGAGACUAAUGGGCGUCCGAGUCGCGGCGGUUGCGCUGCCAUCCAGGCGGGUUCCUCAGCGGAGCUCCGCUGCUGCUGGGCACCAUGAGCGGACGGCAGAGAACGCUCUUCCAGACGUGGGGCCCGAGCCUCGUGCGGGGCUCCGGAGACUCGGGAUGCGGCCAGCCGCGCUCGCCCGCGAUGGCGGAGGCGCUGCCGGAGGAGGACGACGAGGUGCUGCUGGUGGCGGCGUACGAGGCUGAGCGGCAGCUGGAUCCCGGGGAUGGCGGCUUCUGCGCGGCUGCGGGAGCCCUGUGGAUCUACCCCACCAAUUGCCCCGUGCGCGACUACCAGCUGGACAUCUCCCGGAGCGCGCUGUUCUGCAACACCCUGGUGUGCCUGCCCACCGGGCUGGGGAAGACCUUCAUUGCCGCCGUGGUCAUGUAUAAUUUCUACCGCUGGUUCCCUUCUGGCAAGGUGGUUUUCAUGGCACCCACGAAGCCCCUGGUAACACAGCAGAUGGAAGCCUGCUUCCACGUGAUGGGUAUUCCACAGUCUCACAUGGCUGAAAUGACAGGUUCAACUCAAGCUGUUAACAGGAAGGAGAUAUGGUCCAGCAGGAGGGUUCUUUUCCUGACACCGCAGGUCAUGGUAAAUGACCUUACUAGAGGGGCUGUUCCUGCCACCCACGUAAAGUGUCUUGUGGUGGAUGAAGCUCAUAAGGCACUUGGGAACUAUGCUUACUGCCAGGUGGUAAGAGAAUUGGUCAAAUACACCACUCACUUUCGUAUCUUGGCUCUUAGUGCCACGCCAGGUAGUGAUAUCAAGGCUGUGCAACAGGUGAUCACUAACCUACUAAUUGGGAAGAUAGAGCUUCGUUCGGAAGAGUCUCCCGAUAUUUUGCCUUACUCUCAUGAAAGAAGAGUUGAGAAGCUCGUUGUCCCCCUUGGGGAAGAACUAGGAGCCAUUCAAAAGACGUAUAUCCAGAUUUUGGAAACAUUUGCCAGUUCUUUGAUUCAUAGAAAUGUUUUGAUGAAAAGAGACAUUCCCAAUCUAACAAAAUACCAGAUAAUUCUGGCAAGAGAUCAAUUUAGGAAAAACCCAUCCCCAAAUAUUGUGGGAAUUCAGCAAGGCAUAAUUGAAGGGGAGUUUGCCCUCUGCAUUAGUUUAUAUCAUGGUUAUGAGUUACUGCAGCAAAUGGGAAUGCGGUCAUUGUAUUUCUUUCUUUCUGGAAUCAUGGAUGGAACUAAAGGAAUGACACGGGCAAGAAAUGAGCUCAGCCGAAAUGAGGACUUCAUGAAGCUGUACACUCACCUGCAGAGCGCGUUUGCACCAGCCAGCACCAGCGAUGCUUCGGCUUUCCAGAGAGGAAAUAAAGAGAAAAAAUUUGUCUAUAGUCAUCCAAAGUUAAAGAAACUGGAAGAAGUUAUACUGGAACACUUCAAGUCAUGGAAUGCUAAAGCCACCACUGAGAAGAAGUGCCACGAGAGCAGAGUCAUGAUCUUCUCGUCAUUCCGAGAUAGCGUUGAGGAGAUUGCAGAAAUGCUUUUACAGCACCGGCCAGUUAUUAGAGUGAUGACCUUUGUUGGCCAUGCUUCAGGGAAAAACACAAAAGGUUUUACCCAGAAGGAACAACUGCAGACAUAUAAUCAGAGUCAGUCCAACAAAAAAAAUAUUUAUAAAGCCAUUUCAGGUAACAGACAAGUGCUGCGUUUAUACCAAGGAAGUCCACGAAUGGUUCCUGAUAAAAUCAAUCCUGAAUUACACAAAAUGUAUAUCACACAUGGUGUCUAUGAACCAGAGAAGGCUCGGAGUGUACAGCGAAGGCCGUUUUCCUCAAGGGGUGGAAUAAAAGCUAGUAAAUCGAAUAAAGAUGGGCUGUUAUCAGAAGAGGAAUUUAACCUAUGGAGCAGACUCUAUAGGUUAGGAGACAGUGACCAGGUUAAAGGAGUGGCAUUGCCUCAGUCUCACUUCCCAUCUUUACAGGAGGACAGAGUGAUUCAAGACCCAACUACUAGAAUUCACCAACUCUCUCUCUCUGAAUGGAGUCUCUGGCAAGAUCGUCCGCUUCCUACACAUCAAGUUGACCAUUCAGAUCGUUGCCACCAUUUUAUAAGCAUUAUGAAAAUGAUAGAAGGAAUGAGACACGAAGAGGGUGAAUGCAGCUAUGAGUUGAAAAUUAGACCUUUUCUACAAAUGGAAGAUGUCUGCUCAAAAUAUCACGCUCCUAGGAAUGGAUAUAAUAAUGUAGCCAGUGUCGCCAGUAGUGCUCACCAGAAGUCUUCAUUUAGACCGAGUGUAGAUGCAGGAGGCUCCUUGACGGUGAUAGAGUCUGAGGAAGAGCAUGCUGACACUGUUAAACAAAGGGAUUCUAAAUGGACCAAGAUUACUUCUCUAAGGGAAAAACCCUGUAGAGCAGGAAGAAAAGGCCAGACCUGUGAGCACAGUGAGGGUGAGGGUGAGGAUGGGGAUGCAGGUUCUUCCGAUGCUGAUGGACAGUCUCCUGCCGAAGCUGAUUCCCAGGUAGACCCACCCAGUGGUGAAAGGAUGGCAGAUGUAGGUGGGAUCUCCAUCUUGGGUGCUGUCACUGAAGAGGAUAACCAUCCAGGAACAUUACAAAUGGAGUGUCAGGUCACAAAUAAAUCAUGUGCCAGGUACUCAUUAGAUUCUGGUUAUAGUAGUUUCAGUGAUGAGAAAUCUGUAUCAUCAAAUUUGUUUCUUCCAUUGGAAGAAGAGCUGUUCACCGAUCGAGCUGCUGAGCAGUUUUAUAAUUGUCGGCCCAUGACAGAAGACGUACUAGCUAAUGUGGAGAGAUUUUUAUCCCGUUCUCCCCCGUCUCUCAGUGGACUCUCAGACUUGGUAUAUGAUGUUACUCAGGGUUGUGAAUUUGAUAAUGCAUCCUGUUCACCCUACCCAGAGCAUGAACACAGUCCUAGACCUGUUUCUCCAGCGUCACACUCUGCUGGGAAUUCUCAACAAAACUUAGAAUCGAAUUCAGCUAAACGUAUUAGUCAUCCUACUGAAAAAUACUGUCUCCCUGGCACCACUCAUAAUAAGGUUUCUGAUCGGCCCUCCUUCUGUGAGUCUGAUAGCGAAGGCCAUAAUAUUAAAUAUCAAAAUUCAGGAUCUAACAGUUGUGCUCAAAUACAAGCAGACCUUGAAAAUAACUUCGUUGACAAGAACAGCCAUGAUGAUAGUGAACCCCCAGUAUUGUUCACUGAUGAAGAUGAAAGCUUACUAUUAUUUGAAGAUGAUUUUAAGAAUAUUGAAGAUGGUCCUGAAGAGUUAAAUGGGGCGAGCCUUCCUCCCUUCAACAGUAUCAGUCAGCCCCUCCGUGUGUCAGGUAAAACUCUCACAAGUGAAAUGCCUCCAGUCUCUCACUUCUUAAUUUCUGAUGAACUGUUGUUAGAUGAUGAUUCUGAACCUGAAGACCAAAUCGUCUGUGGUGCCAAGAGUUGGAAAUGUCAGGAAGGGGUGGAGGAUGGACAAGAAGAGCUGAGGACUGACGGACAGACUUUUGAUUGCUCUGUAGACUUAUUUUCUGUUACCUUUGACUUAGGAUUUCGUUGUAGUUCGGGUUCAGAUGAUGAAAUGCUAGCAGGUGCAUCUGAUAGGACUCGCACCCUGGGAGCGGCCGAUGUGUCUGGAAGGCAUUCUGAUAAGGAGAUAAAGGAUGCCGGUGGCGCUUCAGGUCCACUGGGUAGAGCCAUAUCACCAAUCCCAACUGAGACAGCGCAGUGGUCGCCUUGGGCACAGAACAAGGAAUAUGCUUCUUUCCACGUUGCCUCAUCCUCGCCAGUGAAGCAGAGAGUCAGGAGCACACCGCUGUCUAAGUCACACGCGAGCUCCAAGACAGGAGCACACAUGCUCAAGACACUAGACUCUACCAAGGAGAAAGCAGGUGGACAGGGCUUCAAAAUGGCAUUGAACCCAAGACUGGGCCAUCUAGGAUUUUCUGUAGAAGAGACCAAGAGCAGCGAUCAGGUCUUUGUGCAUCAGUCCCCUCGGCGCACUGAAGUUGAACACUUAACUAGUGAAAGCGAAGAUGAUGUUUUCCUGAGAAAAACUAAAAAACCAAAAAGAAAUGUCCUAAAGUCCCCGGAGGAUCAGAAAAACAACGAAGUUGACUCACCCAUUCAUGCUGUAAAAAAACCCAGAGUUCUCAGGUCAGAAUUAGCAUCUAGCGAUGAUGAGAGUGAGAAUUUUGGCAGAACGUGUCCAAGAUUGGAACACUUCAAGGGUCGUAACAGGAACAUCAGAAAAGGCUCCGCAGCCCAAAAGAACCGGAGUCAAGUAAAGACUAUGGCUCGGAGGUUUUUAGACGACGAGGCAGAGGUUUCUGGAGAGGAUGUGGACUGUGUCUCAGCAGAUGAGGAGGAUGAGUCUGAGAACGAGCAGGAUUCCUCCCUGCUCGACUUUGUAAAUGACCGGACCCAGCUUUCACAGGCUAUAAAUGAUUCUGAAAUGAGAGCUAUUUACAUGAAGUCUGUACGCAGUCCAUUGAUGAGCACUAAGUACAGAAUGGUCCGUGAGAAGCGUCCCAACAUGAACAUUUUCUCACAGAUUCCUGAGCAAGAUGAAAACUAUUUAGAGGACAGUUUUUGUGUUGAUGAAGAAGAGUCUUGCAAAAGCCAAUCAAGUGAAGAAGAAAUUUCUGUUGAUUUUAACUUAACUAAAGAUUCCUUUACAGAUGAGGACAUACGAUAUAAAACUCGGUAUGCAGUAAAGAUCAAACAAAUGAACAAGAAACAAAACUACACACGGCCAAGAAAGAAAUUGUCUAGAAUUAUCUUACCCGACGAUGACUCUAGUGAGGAAGAAAACAUCCCGAAGGACAGAGAACACUCCGUUGCUGGUGGCCACGCUGCUGCUGAGCACACACAGCAGGGCCAGCUCUGGGCUUCAGGGCCAUCCGGGUCCUCAGUGCCUCCCCAGGUCCUUUCUGAUCCAUCGUGGAAUCAGUCAUCCAGGCAGAGACUACAGGUGCAACCCAGUAUAACAGAUGCCGUGCCUAGAACCUUGAACGUGAAGGCUCAGAGCCAUAAUAAAAUCAAAUCUGCUUCACCACCAUGUACUGGUGUUGAAUCAAGGAAAGAAUAUGGGAACCAUCCAGUUCAGUUGAAGGCUGACAGUCAGGAGCACAGUGACACCUCAGCAGCACCCUGUUCUACUUCACUCCUGCAUGUGGCUGAGGGACAUACAGCCCCUAGACAUCUGCAAGAAGGAAACAGGGCUUGCAUUCUUGUAGACAGUCGUGAAAUCACUACCGGUUUGGAAGUAAUCUCUUCGCUAAGAACAGUUCAUGGGUUACAAGUAGAGAUUUGUCCUCUUAAUGGCUGUGACUACAUCGUAAGCAGCCGAAUGGUCGUAGUAAGGAGGUCUCAGUCUGAAAUGUUAAGUAAUACCAGCAAGAACAAGUUCAUCGAGCAGAUGCAGCGCCUGCAGAGCAUGUUUCAAAGGAUAUGUGUGAUUGUGGAAAAAGACAGAGAAAAAGCAGGAGACACAUCAAAAAAAUUCAGAAGAACGAAGUGCUAUGACAGUUUGCUGACUGCCUUAGUUGGCGCCGGAAUCCGAAUCCUUUUCAGCUCUGGACAAGAAGAAACUGCAGAUUUACUAAAGGAGCUGUCAUUGGUGGAACAAAGAAAGAAUGCUGGUAUUCAUAUCCCAGCAGUGCUAAACACUAGUAAACUUGAAGCACUUCCAUUCUAUUUAAGUAUUCCUGGUAUAAGUUACAUCACAGCCUUAAAUAUGUGUCACCAGUUUUCAUCUGUGAAAAAGAUGGCUAACAGCUCCCCUGAAGAAAUCUCCACAUGUGCGCAAGUAAAUCAUCAAAAGGCUGAAGAGAUCUAUAAAUAUAUUCACUAUAUAUUUGACAUGCAAAUGUUACCAAAUGAUCUUAACCAGGAAAGACAAAAACCUGAUACAUGCUUAACACUUGGAGUCGCUAUGAAAGAACUCUCAUAAUGCUAAUGUAUUUCAAUAAUCAUUGUAGUUUGAGAUGACCAGUUUAAAAUAUGUAAAUAUUCAUCUCUUAAUGAUCUUUAUAUUAUAUAUACUUUUUAUUUAUAGACUAUAUAUUUUUAAAAGGAAAUCUUUGAUGUUCCAUAAUCAUUUUGAUUGGACCGUGAAACAAACUUUUAUUGAAUAAAUCAAGGCUAUUUGAAGGGUUUGGUCAGAGUGAUUUAAGCAUCUAAGUAAGGCAAAGGGCUGGAAGCUGCCCAAGCCUGACAACCUCAGGUCAUCCCUGUGCUGGCUGCUCUUAAGUCAACUUAAGCUAUCUGGAAGGAGGGAAACUGCUGUAAGUAGUUGUUGAUGGAGUGGCCCCAGCCCAUUGUUGGUACUAUCCCUGGGCUGCUGCUCCUGGGGUCUAAGAAAGCAAGGUGAGCAAGUCAUGGGAAGCAGGCCAAUAAGCAGCAUCCCUCCCUCCAUGGCCUCUGCAUCAGCUCCUGCCUCUAAGUGCAAGCCCUGCUUGAGUUCCUGUCCUCGCUUCCUCCAAAGAAGAGACUAUAGUCUGGAAAUAUAAGCCAAGUAAGCCCUUUCCUCCACAGCUUGACUUUUGGUUAUGGUGUUGCAUCGCAGCAAUAGAAACCUAAGACAAUACAGUGCUGGGGACUUCAGAAAAUGGAGGCUAUCAGGAGUUUGCAAACGCUGUAUCAGGAUGGCAAAGUUGGUGAGCUCCAUGUUCAUCGGAAAACUGUCUGGCCACCACACAAAUAAUGCUUGCCUGUGUGUUCACAUCUUCAUUCAUACACAGAAAAGAUGAGUCAUCUUUGAUGACAUACUCCUGGAAUACCAAAACAUUGUAGGCCAAGGCAGUAGGCACAUGCUAUAAGGCUAGCCUUGGCCUUAACAAGAUCCUGUCUCAAAAGAGCAUAGAAGCAAGAUGUAUUUUAGAAUUUUUCCAAGAAUUAAGUACUAUGAUUUAUUAUUGGCAAAAACUUUAUAAUAAUUUGUGCUGUAUGUGAAUUAUGUAACAUUUUAAGUAUACUAAGUCUAGGACCUGAAGAGAUGGCGCAGAGGUUAAAAGCACACACUGCUCUUGUAUGUCCAGCAGCAACCCCAUCAGGUAGCUUCAGUGGAUCUAAAGUCUCUGCCUUCUUAGGCAGUGCACUGACAUUGUACAGACGUGUGUGUACUCAAUCAUGCAUAGUGAGUAAAGUAGAUGUGAAACACAUGAUCUAAUAAAGUCAAAUGUUUACUAAGUAUAUCAUUACCACCAAAUAAACCUUCCAUCCAACUGUAGUCCAAUAUUUAACAUGAACUUUUGUUUUGUCUCAUGCCAUAUGUAUUUUAAGAUAUGCCUCUGUUUAUAAUGUGCAAUAAAUAGGAGACUUUCCCCGUCUUCAUACUUUCUCCA